GCUUUUCCUUGCUUGCUUCUUAUUUCUCGGAGUUCCCGUGUUAGCCCCUGCUCCCCGCGUGGAAGCACCAGUCUGAGCUUCUUGCAAGGCGUGAAGGGAGAACCAAGAUCCAGGCAUCUAGCUAAGGCUUCUGGACUUCCUUUGAAUGAAGAUGAGUGUUUCUGCCAGGAUAAUGUAACUGGAGGAUCCAGGUCUGAGCAGACUCGACCAUGGGAGCCAACACGUCAAGCAAACCACCAGUGUUUGAUGAAAAUGAGGAUGUCAACUUUGACCACUUUGAAAUUUUGCGAGCCAUUGGAAAAGGCAGUUUUGGGAAGGUCUGCAUCGUACAGAAGAAUGAUACCAAGAAGAUGUAUGCGAUGAAGUACAUGAACAAACAAAAGUGUGUGGAGCGCAACGAAGUGAGAAACGUCUUCAAGGAACUCCAGAUCAUGCAGGGGCUGGAGCAUCCUUUCCUGGUUAAUUUGUGGUACUCCUUCCAAGACGAGGAAGACAUGUUCAUGGUGGUAGACCUUCUGCUGGGUGGGGACCUGCGUUAUCACCUGCAGCAGAACGUCCGCUUCCAGGAAGACACCGUGAAGCUCUUCAUCUGUGAGCUGGCCAUGGCCCUGGACUACCUGCAGAGCCAGCGCAUCAUUCACAGGGAUAUGAAGCCUGACAACAUUUUGCUUGAUGAACAUGGGCACGUGCACAUCACAGACUUCAACAUUGCCGUGAUGGUUUCCAGGGAGAUGUGCAUCACCACCGUGGCCGGCACCAAGCCUUACAUGGCACCUGAGAUGUUCAGCUCCAGAAGAGAAGCAGGCUAUUCCUUUGCUGUUGACUGGUGGUCGCUGGGAGUGACCGCAUAUGAGCUGUUGAGAGGCCGCAGACCGUAUCAUAUUCGCUCCAGUAUUUCCAGCAAGGAAAUUGCACACAUGUUUGAGACGGCUGUUGUGACUUACCCUUCUGCCUGGUCGCAGGAAAUGGUGUCACUUCUUAAAAAGCUACUUGAACCUAAUCCAGACCAGCGGUUUUCUCACUUGUCUGACGUCCAGAACUUCCCAUACAUGAAUGAUGUGAACUGGGAUGCAGUUUUGCAGAAGAGGCUCCUUCCAGGUUUUAUUCCUAAUAAAGGCAGGCUGAAUUGCGACCCCACCUUUGAACUUGAAGAAAUGAUUUUGGAGUCCAAACCUCUUCACAAGAAAAAGAAGCGUCUGGCAAAGAAGGAGAAGGAGAUGAAGAAGUGUGAUUCCUCUCAGACAUGCCUUCUUCAGGAGCACCUGGAAUCUGUCCAAAAGGAGUUCAUAAUUUUUAACAGAGAAAGAGUAAAAAGAGACUUUAAUCAAGGACAAGCAAAGGUAGCCUUGGACCACACCAAAGACCCACAGGCAGAGGAUGGCCAGAAUAACAACCUGUGAAGUCCUCAACAUCUUCUUGGGACAUUUCCUGGCACCUCAGGCCAGGAACUUCUGGUUUCCACAUCAGGAGGAGCUGACAGUAGUUCUCGCCUCUGCACGCCUCACACACCUUAGAAAAUGUGAAUGAACCUUUGGAAGGAGGCAGCCUGAUACAGUGAGGAGUCCCUGGGCUCCUGGGAACAGGUCUCACUACUAACUGUGACCCUGAGCAGGUCACUUCACCUCUUUCUUUGCUUCAGUUUAUUCAUCCAAAUUGAGGUUACACUAGAUGAGCUCUACGCUGCCUUUUUACUGCUACCAUUCUGUUAUUCUAAACAGCUUUUGUUUUUAUUUUUAAAAGAAUAUUUGAAUGUAGAUUUAUUUUUCCACUCCUUCUACUCACACUGUGACAAAUGGGCAAACGGACAUAGGUGGGUGAUGAGUGAGGCUCUUCAGAGCUAGAAGUCUUCAUCAAGAGGUCGGAAUCCCCAAGCCCGAUUGAACAGGAAUAAAGAAUUCAGUCAGGAGGCAAUGACUGGGACCAGAUUAGGAGUAAUGCAGAUUAAUGAGGGUCUUCUAUCAGCUAGCAAGAGCCGGCUGUGCACAUCUGUCCCAACGCACUGUAUAGUGAUGUGAAGUUGGGAAGUUGAAAUUGGUAAUGAUGGGAAUGUUUAUGUCAUGGAAAUUGGCAAAUGCUAUAAAUCAGGGCUCUUUUUUCCCUCCCAGCAAGCCAGUUGUUAAGUAUUUAUUAGCACACUGCUCACCCUCGUCUAGUAAACAUGUUCCCUGAGGGCCAACUGUCUUCUUAAGAUUAUCAGAGACCUAUGUCUGGAGAAGAUCAGAAAAGAAUAUCUAUUGUCACAUUGAAAGCAUGUCCGCCUUGUAGUACAUUGAAGUUGUACCUCACACAGGAGUUAUAGUCUAAGUUAGAAUGUGAGGUGAAUUUGGGAGAUAGUAAAAUUUACCCUUGAAAAAUCUCUUAAAUUACCCAUAACAUAAGGUGGGUAUCUUUUCUUAGAGAAGCCCAGUAUAGUGAGUUGCCCUUCAAUAAUGAAACAAGUCAUUGUUUUUGGUUCAUUUUAUCUUUUAUUUUUGGUCUCAUUUUUGGCUAAUACCAGAUGAACAUAUUAUACAUGCCUUUAUAGACUAGAAUUACCCUUAGAACUGUGGGAUGCUCACACAUCUGAGAGGUCUAAGGUCAUGGAGACUGACUAAGGAAACAGCAAUACUUACUUGUGCUUACUGCAGAAUCUUGGCCGAAUUGCCUAAUUAUUUAAAAUAUUAUUGAUAUCUCACUUUUUCUUUACAUUUUAUUUAUUUGCCAAACACAACGUCUAAUUCACCUAAGUGAGAUGUGCAUGUGAUGUAACACCACUCGCCUGAUACCCAGAAGAUCUUUGCUGAGGAACUGUUUUUGGCAAGUCACAGAUGCCACUAGGUGGAGAGUCAAGAAGUGAACAGGCCUGGUGGGGGAUUGUUGUAACCCUUGUCCUUACUUAUGGAGAGUAUGGGCCUUACCAAGUGAGCUGAAAACAGAAGACCAGACUAGUGCCCAUUGGGAAGCCAGACAGAUGGCAACAGGUAGAAGAAGUAACAGAUAUGGCCGCCUGCUACUCAGGACUUUUCUAGAAGGGGAGUCACACUGGGGCAACUACACAUGAGUAGAAAGCCUGUGCUGAACUUGAACUCAGCAUUAACGGUUUUCUCCUCACUGAGCUAACAGGAGCUAUGAAACAGUGCCUCUCCACUUUAAGAGCAACCAUAUUUUUGUUAAGAAUUAAAGGCCAGCUCUUUUGUUCUAUUUGUUUGAUUCCUGUUCUCUACAUUUCCCACACAUUAUUUAUGUAUGCCAUUUUGUUUUUCUCUGACCACUAUAAACUCUAAGCACUG